UUGUUGAAACUCCUCCCCCCAACAGCUGCCGCUGUUGUUGUCGCGUGUGACCUCCUCCAUCCUGCUCCACCACCACGACCACCAGCCUCCCUCCUGCAUCACACAUCGCGAGGCCACACAUCGUACCACACCAUCAAGAUGAUGUCCCGUGUGGCAUCGUUGUCCCUACUGCUGUGUGGCCUCUGUUACUUCUGCUGCGAGGCGUUGCCCGAGACUCGCUGGAGGCCCAUGCUGGGUGCCCCGACCGCCAUCCAGACCACGGACCCGGGCCUCCACACGGCGGCCGCUGAGGCCACUCGCCUCUUCAACUCGGGCCUCAACAGCCGCACGGUCUACAGACUCGACAGGGUGACGAAGGCCACACGCCAGAUUGUGAGUGGUCUCAAGUACAUCUUUGAGGCGGACCUGAAGAGCACGGAAUGCUUGAAAAUGGAGGAGCGAGUGGCUGAGGACUGCAACUUUCACGACGAUGGCGUAGCCACUGUUUUCAAGUGCCGCUUUGAGGUGUGGACAAUCCCCUGGCGCAAGCAGACCAAGGUGCUCAGUCAAAGCUGCGAGCAAAACAACCCAAUCAAACCUUCUACCAUGCCAAACGCCUAAUUAGGAACACAUCAUCCAGCUGGCUAGGCAAAUAUAAACAUGCAUUUGGCCCGCCAGACAAUUAUUUGGGCACACGUACAAAAACCAGACAUGUUCAGCCUAGUCAGAUAAUUAUUCCGGCGCACAGCGAGGCACCUUUAUAAUUAGCCAGACACACAAACAUCGAGUCAUUUGGAUGAGUCAGAUGCACAGUUAGCUUUUCAAGCACGCAGCCAGUCUACUUGAUGGCUUUGAUGAGCACACUUCCACUCGACAUUCAUAAAAUCAGUAGACACCUAAGUCCUCUGGGUAAUGAUUCAUUUGCACAUCUACGCAGCUGGACAAUUAGGAAUACAUUACACGCGAGAAGACAAAUUAGCGACUUUGUAAGACUGUGUUUGCUAUUGAUGUGCGACCAGGAGUUAAAGAUUAAUUUACAAACAUUUGCUUUUAAAAUAUGACCAAUAUACACAGAUGAUAUAAAGUGUUACUCUAUAUCCGAACAUAUUAAAUAAUAGAUUUUUAACACUUACUUUCAUUUAGCAUGUAUACUGUUGUUUUUUUCAUUGCUUAUAUUAAUAUCAUCUCUUCAUGAUAGUUAUUUGAUAUUGUAGCCACUGUUAUUAACGAGAACCCUGUAUUUUCACAUCUCUUGCACAAUGAUUAAAAACGUCAACAACUUGCGUCGGUUUUUCGCGGUUGCGUUGCACAACUCGCCGUUGUUGUCUGCGGUUGUACUCACGAGCACAUCAGCAUGAUGCCUCGCGUUCCGCUCCACUGCCGAGCGGAAACGUUGGUACAUCCUAACGAACAGCACGUGGUACAACCCUAAACACACACACACCGGUGAGCUAUGCUACUCUUUACACAACCUGGAAUGGAAAAAAGAAAUACAGACGCAAAUUGUACUAAAUGCAACUUUCAUAUGUAAAUUGUGGCAAAGGAAUUCAAACGUCCAUGUGGAGUAAUUGAAAAAGAGGUGAGAGGGGGAGUUUGGGGAGUUUUAGCUUGAGUGAGGAAUGGUGGCAUAGACUGCAAGGGGCACAAGGGCAAAAUGUAUACAACUUUAUUGUUGGAAGUACAGAUGCAAACACUUCGUUCGGAGAGGCAGACCGUCUUGAGCCUUGGUCUGAACAGGAUGUCUCAAGCAGUGAGGAUGGCCAGAGUAAGAGAUAACCGAUGGUUGAAGUAGCAAAGGUGUGACCUCCCACUGCGCAAAUGUUGACAGACUGGAGCAGAGGGGAACGUGAAUACGUUGGGAGUUACACCGGACAGGCGAUCAUGAUGGGACAUACGUUUGAAUUUCAGUGCGACUGACGCAUUUGACAUAGACGAUAUUUAACGUGGGGUUUUUACACAUAGUUUACGAUUUGAAUGUUUGCAUGUUAUGUACUGUCGCUCACCUUUUUUGUUUCGAAUUAGAAGCCGCAUAAUCUCAAUGUGUGCUCCACAAUUGCUUCUCUCUCUAAAACAAUAGCAUUAGCAUUAUUAAUCGCAAGAAAUAAGUAAUCAAAUAUAAUCGUAUUUUGCAUAUUAACAUUUAGUUGGAAAUAAAAUGAAGUUUAUCUCACAAGG